AUGAAUAGAUACACCACCCUCAGGCAGCUCGGGGAUGGCACCUACGGCUCAGUCAUGCUCGGCCGCAGCCUGGAAUCAGGGGAACUGGUCGCCAUUAAGAAGUGAGUGUAGGGCACAUUGUCAUUGAAUUGUUUUUUUUGUUGAAAAAAAUGGCUGAUCUCUGUGUGCAAAUGCAGUCCAUCUUUGCAGGGUUGGUAGCUAGUGUAGGCUACAUAUUAUCCUCUGGUACCUAAAUUGAAGGGCUUUAGCCUAAAAGUGGUUGUAGCUGCUAAACCGUGUAGUAAAAUGAGCUGCCAGUGCCUGUGGGAUUUGCUAGGAAUGGCAUUAGCAGGUGGCCACUCCCACAUCCAUGUGUGGUUAAGAUGACAGCUGGUUAGAAAGAUGUGUAGACAAAUAAAAGUGCACGGAUGACUGACAAGCCCACCCAUUUAGCUGAUAAAAAAAAUAAAGGCAUGUCUUGGUGGGUAUGGUACCUUUGGGCAGCAUCAUAAAAGCCUCUGACUUCUAUUUCUAGCUUUGACAGGAAGUGUGUGGGGCAGCUGCAGACUAGCAGCAUAAAUCCUAGCUAAUAAAUCAAUGGCUAGUAUGACAUUACUAUCUGUUCCAGCUGGCGGAUAGCUGUUGAUACGUAGGUAGUGUUAAGGGUAAGCAGCACAUUUUCGACCAUUGAGCAAAACAUUUAAUUUAUUUAAUAACAGAGCAUUUUCUAAAUUCCAACGUUCCACCUGCAACUAGCCAUGGAUGUUUAGAAGACAGCGGUGGCUUCCAAGUCGGGAAUUGAGGAAGUACCCUAUUGCCAAGUAAAGGUUGGUCGAAAAGAAAUGCGUCUGUACCUGUAGACUUUGUCAUUGUUCUAACGCUAGUUAGCAUUGGCUCGCGAAACUACUGCUAACUUCCUUCAUACUCAUACAUGCAGAGAUAUAAAAAUGUUAUCCACAAGUUCGUCUGACUCUGGGCAAGUAGAACAUGCCAGAAUCUUGCAGUAUCCCUCACUACCUACGUAUCAGCGGCUAUCUGCCAGCUGGAACAGAUCGUAAUGUCGGACUAGCCAUUAUUCGCUGCGUAAAUCCAUAAUGUUGGUGGUGUCGCUGUCUUGAGAUUGAAAUAGAGAAGGCCUAGGCCAGGGUUCUUGAAUUCCGGUCCUGGUGGGCCGAAACGCUUCUGUUUUUUAUUUCUACCUGGUAGUUAAUUGCACUCACCUGGUGUCCCAGGUCUGAAUUAGCCCCUGAUUAGAAGGAGAGGAUGAAAAACAGAGGUGUUUCGGCCCUCGAGGACCGGAAUUGAAGAACCCUGGCCUAGGCCUACGUGUUAUAAACUUGUUUGGUCUUUUCAAUCAUACAUUUUACGCACUACGUAUUAAUCUCUUUUAUGAAUCAAACUUCUUAUAUCAAUCAAGAAUCCCAAUAUGUUUUAAAAUAAAAAGGAUGACCUAUGAUGUCUGUCCUUUUAUUAAAGGGAUAUUUCAGGAUUUUGACAAUGAAGCCGUUUAUCUACUUCCCUGGAGUAAGAUGAACUCGUGGAUACCAUUUUUAUUUCUGAAGGAAGUUGCUAACUAGUGUUAGCGCAAUUGCUAGUAAAUACAUUAGACUUCCAGUCAUUGCGCUAACGCUGGUUAGCAUUGGCUCGCGAAACUUCCUUCAUACUGAAUGCCGAGACUUGAAAAUGGUAUCCAUGAGUUCAUCUGACUCUGGGGAAGUAGAUAAAGGGCUUCAUUGCCAAAAUAUCCCUUUAAGUUAGGCUAAUCAUGAAUGAUUGCAUAUUUGUUUCAGAAUGAAGAGAAAGUUCUACUCAUGGGAAGAAUGCAUGAAUCUUCGUGAGGUCAUAGUAAGUGCUCCUUUCCAGAUAUUAUGCUUGUGUGUAAAAUGCUCCACAUAUUUAUUCCAAAACAUGGUAACAGCCUGUUUCACCUGUUACUGUUUUUGUAUGACUAUUUAAAUUCCACCUCUGCUCAGAACCACAGAAACCAGCACAAAUAAUCUAGAAGGUGAUUCUUCUGUGUACUGCCCUUGGAUUUGAACUCUAGUUCCUGACCCAGACAUUCAUUCCUUACCUUAGAGCUUGGUACCAAAGGAGCGUAGCUGAAUAUUAGACGAAUCCGGCCACUGAGGGAUCUUAGUUGGAAUGUCAGCUGUAAAUAGCAUGUGCCACCACCAAGACCCAUAACGACUUUCCCCACUACUAAAAAAAUAUGGCAUGCUGAAAGUUGCCUCCAUACUUUCCAGUGCAUGGGAAAACUGAGUCCUGCUUCACCUCUGUUUACUAUGAUCUGCCCUGGUUUGCUUAAAACAUUAAAAAGCAUAAGCAAUCACUAAUGGCUGCACUUUUAGAAAUACCAGUUGUUCCCCACACUGUACCCAAGAUGAUAUACUGUUUAUUAUAUAUAUUUUUAAUUUAACCUUUUAUUUAUCCAGGUGAGUCAAUUAAGAACAAAUUCUUAUUUACAAUGACGGUCUGGCAAGUGACGAUUGGGAAGUGCUUUGAUUGUCAAACCAUGUUUUGAUUUUGAACAAAAGCGUGUUUGUUGGGUUUAAGGGUGAGGCCUUGAAUGUGUUACCUUUUAUGUGUCGGUCUUACAUGAUGGAGUAUUGCAGAGCUGUUUUUGAUGAUAUACAGAUUGAGGUGAUUUCCCUCAUGCUUGGUCUUGAUUGAUGAGGUACCAUCUAAUUUGUUCCCUCCUCCUUUCAGUCUUUAAAGAAACUCAACCAUGCGAAUGUGGUCAAACUCAAGGAGGUUAUACGGGAAAAUGACCACUUGUACUUUGUGUUUGAAUACAUGAAGGAGAACUUGUAUCAACUAAUGAAAGACAGGUAAAUAUUAUUAUUUUUUAAAUCACAAAGCCUAAAUAUAGUCUAUUUGAAAGGGGUUCAAUGCUUUGGGGAUACUUUUUCUCGGUAUGUCAAAAUCAUGGCUCAUGUAUUGUUAUUUGUAUCAUGUUACAGGUCUCGGCUGUUCCCUGAAUCUGCUGUGCGAAAUAUUAUGUUCCAGAUACUGCAGGGAUUAGCAUUUAUUCAUAAGCAUGGUAUGAUCCACUGUAUACUUAUCAGAAUGAUACACUAGCAUGGAGAUGUUUUUUGGUGGCACAUUUUCUAGAAACGAGGUACACUAUUUUGAAAAAGCUUUUCACGUGUUACUCUGUAUGCUCGCUGUAUGAUUUUCCCCUCAGGAUUUUUUCACAGGGAUAUGAAACCUGAGAACCUUCUAUGCAUGGGACCAGAGCUGGUGAAAAUAGCUGACUUUGGGCUUGCUCGCGAGAUAAGAUCUCGGCCACCAUACACAGACUAUGUUUCAACAAGAUGGUUAGUUUUGUUACCUCUAUAUGGGUUUUAUGUGUCUGUGACACCAUUUUGUGAUUGAUCAGUAAGACUGAUCAAGUUCUCUGAAUUUAUUGGUCCCCUUUUCUGUCCGCAAUGUGACAACAUGAUUCCUCUUGUAUUUUCUGUCAUGUGGAGCAUCAACCAGCCUAUAAAGCCUUUCUCCCUUCCUUGUGUUGAGACCUUAGAGACUGCUGCCAUAUGUACAGUCGUGGUCAAAAGUUUUGAGAAUGACACAAGUAUUGGUCUUCACAAAGUUUGCUGCUUCAGUGUUUUUAGAUAUUUUUGUCAGAUGUUACUAUGGUAUACUGAAGUAUAAUUACAAGCAUUCCAUAAGUGUCAAAGGCUUUUAUUGACAAUUACAUUAAGUUUAUGCAAAGAGUCAAUUUGCAGUGUUGACCCUUCUUUUUCAAGACCUCUGCAAUCCGCCCUGGCAUGCUGUCAAUUAACUUCUGGGCCACAUCCUGACUGAUCGCAGCCCAUUCUUGCAUAAUCAGUGCUUGGAGUUUGUUUGAAUUUGUGGGUUUCUGUUUGUCCACCCGCCUCUUGAGGAUUGACCACAAGUUCUCAAUGGGAUUAAGGUCUGGGGAGUUUCCUGGCCAUGGACCUAAAAUGUUGAUGUUUUGUUCCCCGAGCCACUUAGUUAUCACUUUUGCCUUAUGGCAAGGUGCUUCAUCAUGCUGGAAAAGGCGUUGUUUGUCACCAAACUGUUCUUGGAUGGUUAGGAGAAGUUGCUCUCGGAGGAUGUGUUGGUACCAUUCUUUAUUCAUGGCUGUGUUCUUAGGCAAAAUUGUGAGUGUGCACACUCCCUUGGCUGAGAAGCAAACCCACACAUGAAUGGUCUCAGGAUGCUUUGCUGUUGGCAUGACACAGGACUGAUUGUAGCAUUCACCUUGUCUUCUCCAGACAAUAUUUUUUCCGGAUGCCCCAAACAAUCGGAAAGGGGAUUCAUCAGAGAAAAUGACUUUACCCCAGUCCUCAGCAGUCCAAUCUCUGUACCUUUUAGCAGAAUAUCAGUCUGUCCCUGAUGUUUUUCCUGGAGAGAAGUGGCUUCCUCGCUGCCCUUCUUGACACCAGGCCAUCCUCCAAAAGUUUUGCCUCACUGUGUGUGCAGAUGCACUCACACCUGCCUGCUGCCAUUCCUGAGUAAGCUCUGCAUUGGUGGUGCCCCGAUCACGCAGCUGAAUUAACUUUAGGAGACGGACCUGGCGCUUGCUGGACUUUCUUGGGCGCCCUGAAGCCUUCUUCACAACAAUUGAACCUCUCUCCUUGAAGUUCUUGAUGAUCCGAUAAAUGGUUGAUUUAGGUGCAAUCUUACUAGCAGCAAUAUCCCUGCCUGUGAAGCCCUUUUUGUGCAAAGCAAUGAUGAUGGCACGUGUUUCCUUGCAGGUAACCAUGGUUAACAGAGGAAGAAUAAUGAUUUCAAGCACCACCCUCCUUUUAAAGCUUCCAGUCUGUUAUUCUAACUCAAUCAGCAUGACAGAGUGAUCUCCAGCCUUGUCCUCGUCAACACUCUCACCUGUGUUAACGAGAGAAUCACUGACAUGUCAGCUGGUCCUUUUGUGGCAGGGCUGAAAUGCAGUGGAAAUGUUUUUUGGGGGAUUAAGUUCAUUUUCAUGGCAAAGAGGGACUUCGCAAUUAAUUGCAAUUCAUCUGAUCACUCUUCAUAACAUUCUGGAGUAUAUGCAAAUUGCCAUCAUAAAAACUGAGGCAGUAGACUUUGUGAAAAUUAAUGUUUGUCAUUCUCAAAACUUUUGACCACGACUGUACAUAGUCAUUGAACACUGUUCACUUUAAUGUUUACGUAAUGUCUAUUGUUUUGAAAUCGUUUCUGUAGUUAGACAAAGAUAAGAUUAACAUUAUUCUGUUUGAAUUUAAUUUGAUCUGUGACUAAUUAAACCAAUUGAUUACUCACUUUAUAUGUACAGUGCAUUCGGAAAGUAUUCAGACCCCUUGACUUUUUCCACAUUUUGUUGCGUUACAGCUUUAUUCUAAAAUUGAUUUAAUUGAUUUUUUUCCCCUCAUCAACCUACACACAAUAACCCCGAAGAACACAGUGGCCUUCAUCAUUCUUUAAAUGGAAGAAGUUUAGAACCACCAAGACUCUUCCUAGAGCUGGCCGCCUGGCCAAACUGAGCAAUCGGGGGAGAAGGGCCUUGGUCAGGGAGGUGACCAAGAACCCGAUGGUCACUCUGACAGAGCUCCAGAGUUCCUAUGUGGAAAUGGGAGAACCUUCCAGAAGGACAACCAUAUCUGCAGCACUCCACCAAUCAGGCUUUUAUGACUGUGGCCAGAUGGAAGCCACUCCUCAAACAAGAUUCUCUGGUCUGAUGAAACCAAGAUUGAACUCUUUGGCCUGAAUGCCAAGCGUCACGUCUGGCGGAAACCUGGCACCAUCCCUACGGUGAAGCAUGGUGAUGGCAGCAUCAUGCUUUGGGGAUGUUUUUCAGCGGUAGGGACUGGGAGACUAGUCAGGAUUGCGGGAAAGAUGAACGGAGCAAAGUACAGAGAGAUCCUUGAUGAAAACCUGCUCAGGACCUCAGACUGGGGCGAAGGUUCACCUUCCAACAGGACAACGACCCUAAGUCAACGGGUCUGAAUACUUUCCGAAUGCACUGUACAUACGGUAUUGUCGACAUAGAUCAUCCUAUAUAACUACUGCUGUACAUAACCUUUUCCUACAUGUCCAUACUGUCUAUACACUCCGUGUAUUUAUAUCCCGGACUCUGGCAUUGCUUGUUCUGAUAUUUAUUGUUUCUUCUUUUUUUUUGGGGGGGGGGGGGGGAUUAUUUGUGUAUUAGUAUUGUGCUGUUAAACAUUUACUGCACUGCUGGAGUUAGGGAACAAAAGCAUUUCCCUGCACCUGCUUUAACAUCUGCUCAUCUGUGUAUGUGACAAAUAAACUUUGAUUUGAUAUCCAGGUACAGAGCUCCAGAAGUGCUGCUGAGGUCCACCUCCUACAGCUCUCCUAUAGACCAGUGGGCUGUGGGCUGCAUCAUGGCAGAGCUCUACACCCUCAGGCCUCUGUUCCCGGGCUCCAGUGAAGUGGACACCAUUUUCAAAAUUUGCCAAGUCUUGGGAACUCCAAAGAAGGUAGCUUUGUUAUCCGGGGCUGUUAGAUCCAGUAUAUCAGCCUGAUAUAAGCUAUACUGUCCUCACAUCUUCAUGUAGAAUGUCUCAUGGUGUUGUUAAAUUCAUAAAUCAAACCUCACUGAAGAUGUGGUGAUUAGUCUUGUGUGAUGUGCUUUUGAAAUGACAAACUUCUUCCCAGAUUAUUUUUGUCAUAACAUUUAAAAAAUGUUCUGUUUUAUCUCUGUACUAAUCCACUUCCUCUAGAAUGACUGGCCAGAGGGCUUCCAGUUGUCGGCAGCCAUGAAUUUCCGCUGGCCCCAGUGUGUCCCCAGUAAUCUGAGGAGUCUGAUCCCCAACGCCAGUACUGAGGCCAUCCACCUCAUGAGAGACCUACUCCAGUGGGACCCUAAGAAGAGGCCAGCCUCUGCACAGGUAGCACACCUUGGCUGGAGCUAAACAAUUUAGAUAUUCUAACAUUUUAAUGUCAUUUUAGCUGAUUAAUAUAUCCUGCUUAGGGCUCAACGGAAACCAAUAAAUUAUUUUAUUCUCCAUUUGCAGGCCCUCAGGUAUUCAUACUUCUACGUGGGUCAGGCGUUGGGCACGCCUCAGCAGAUCCUGGAGCAGGGCAGGCCUCAGCCUGGUCCCCUACUUCCACAGCCACCACAACCAUCACCUCUGCAGCAGCAACAACCACUGCUGCUCAAACCAGUGCCCCCUCCCCAGCCAGUGCCCCCAAAUCCGCAUUUCACCUCGUCCAGGCCCCUGCAACAGAUCGAGCCAGCCCCCGCCCCGGUUCCAUUAUACCAGAGGCACACAGAGCUGCUGCGAGAGCAGCCCAACCGCAUAGUGAAGCAGGAGGAGACUGAGAGAGUCCCACAGACCCGUUUACCUUACAUUGUUGACAAGAGCUUGCAGAGCCAGGUGAGUUUGCAGUCAUCAACCAGGGCUACCUGAGCACGACAAGCAUUCAUUCCGCGUAAUCAUGUCAUUAGAUGUUAGAAUACCUUGUUAAAUUAAUCCAAAAUGCAAUGGCUACGAAUGCAAAGUUGAUGAAUUCUUCAGAAAUGUAAUUGAGCCAUUUUGCUUCUUUGUCUCUCUCAUAGAGAUUGUUAAUACACCAUUUCCUUUUUUCGAGUUGACCCAGGAGGCUGAAAAUGCCAAAUUCUUAAGCUAUCAGGUGAAACCUAAGGGUGGAGGACGCCGGCGAUGGGGCCACGGCACAGGCCUCCUAAAGGGUGACGGCUGGGAUGACUUUGAGGACACAGAGCUGACCUCUCUAAGUGUUCUGUGCAAAACAAACUUUCCUACUGAAAAACGAAGAGAGGAUACGUUGAGCAGGUGAGACUCUCUGUCCCUAUGAGUUAUCAGUUUGAUCUUUUCAGAUAAAGGCUUUAUGUAUUUCUGCUAUGUCUUUCAGGUAUGGAAAUGUUUUGGAUUUUAGCAGCCCCAAAGUUAAGGGGCAUGUGACAACAGGUGACGAGGCACCUUUGAAUCUGAACAAGGCAAUGUCCUACCAGGAGCCUUCGAGAACAGCCUCUGCCAAACAGCAUUACUUGAAGCAGUCAAGAUAUCUACCAGGUAGAAAGACAAAAACAUGACCUUCCUUCCAAAUUGAUAUUUUCAGUAAGGAACGUCUAGUUACUGCUAAUGUAUAUCAUAAAAUGGGGUCACUCAUUAAUCGGCAUUGAGCCUUCUUUAUCAGUGAACUUUGAACUCGAUUUAUCUGCCAUUUGUCUACCAAAUCAGAGACAAACGCAUGUACAUGCUCUGAUAUAGAAUGCCAAAUUAUUUUUAAACCUGGGUGAAACUACAUUAUUUUCAUCACUUGAUUUAUCAAUGAUCAUCUCAGGAGUGGCUAAUGUUGCUGAGUCAUGAUGAUUUAGUCUUGUUGAGCCACAAGGGGCAGCUUGUUGUGAUUUAAAUUAUGUUGCAAACUUUCUCAACUUUACUUCUACUUCCUAAUCUCUCCUAUCUCACCUGCAGGUUUAAGUACCAAAAAGAAUAUGGCAAUAAAUUCCAACAAAGACUACAGUGAAGGCAACCGCUGGGGCAGCAGCAGUAUUCCUGUAGGAGGGACACUUCCUAGCAGAAACACUCAUGGUAACGAUUUGGGUUGGGACCAACAUCCUGGAUGUUUAUCACCUGUCACCUUACUAAACAGAAGGCUGGGUGGUAUAAGCUAGGGUUAUGUGUCUGUUGUUUGUUUACAGUACAACAUUUAACUUGAAUGUCCUUUUAUCUUUGAUGGCCCAAUCGCAGGUUCAAAUACACUUCCAAGUGGAUAUGUACCAUCCUAUUACAAAAAAGAGGUUGGCUCUGCCGGCCAAAGAGUGCAACUCGAACCUAUAGGGGACUCGACAGCAUCAAGUGAGUGAUCUUUGUAGUCUCAAUGCACAGUUGUCAGUCCAGUCUUAGUGCUGUGUAGUAAUGUAAUAAUGUGGCUUGUCCCUGCUGUCACAGAUUAUGCAACCUGGAGGUCAUCAAGCAGAAGUCAGAUGGGUGCCUCAUCCUAUCUGCCAUCACCCACCAAGACUACACCUGGCCUACGGUCUCGCCCCCCAGUACAGGCCAUCCAUGGGCGCACAGACUGGUCUGCCAAAUAUGGACACCGCUAG